AAACGCGAAGUUCCCUACGUAAUAAGCGCUGAAAUCGUGUGCCCGAUGUAAUAAACAUUGUAGUCCCAAAACCAGUCAAGUCCGGACCGUGAUCAGGGAAACCAGCAGACAAACGGAAUUCAACAGAACCAACAAGUUCUGCAGCAGCAAUCACAAGAACAAAACCAAGCAUUACAACAAAAUCAACUGCAACAGAUACAACAGCAAAAUCUACAGCAGGCCUUACAGCAGCAACAACAGACUCAGCAGCAGACGCUGCAGCAGAUGCUACAGCAGCACCAACAACAACAACAGUUACAGCAGCAACAACAACAGCUUCAGCAACAGCAGCAACAACAACAGCAGCAACAACAACAGCAGCAACAACAACAGCAACAACAACAACAGCAGCAACAGCAGGCAUUACAGCAGAGCUUACAACAGACACUGCAAGUGAGCCAGGCUCAAGCACAAGCUAUUGUCCAAGCUCAAGCAGCUUUGCAGCAACAAGUUGCACAGACAUUGCAGCAGCAACAGCAGUCGCUGCAUGAUCAUAUGCAAGCAGUCCAACAACAACAGAUACAAGCUGCUUUACAACGACAAUCUGCUACUUUACAGGAGCUGCAACAACAAGCACAACAGCAAGCUUUAGCUCAAGGCACAGUCACUAAAGCCAGAAUGCCACGAGCGCGGCCUUAUAAUAAGCCACGCGGCCGCAUGACGGCAUACGCUUUCUUCGUACAAACCUGUCGUGAGGAACAUAAGAAGAAGCAUCCAGAUGAGAAUGUGAUAUUUGCUGCAUUCUCAAAGAAGUGCGCCGAGAGGUGGAAUACAAUGUCGGAAAAAGAAAAGGAGAGGUUCCAUGAGAUGGCUGAGCAAGAUAAGGUGCGAUAUGACGUAGAGAUGCAAAACUAUGUGCCUCCGAAAGACGUGAAAGUGCGAGGCCGCAAGCGACAAGUGAAAGACCCGAACGCGCCCAAGCGAUCUCUCUCGGCGUUCUUCUGGUUCUGCAACGACGAACGUUCUAAAGUGAAAGCGAGUAAUCCUAUGUACACUAUGGGUGAUAUCGCUAAGGAGCUGGGUCGCCUCUGGGCCGCCGCAGAUCCGCAGACCAAGUCCAAGUACGAAGCUUUGUCGGAACAAGACAAGGCGCGAUAUGAUAAGGAGAUGACAGCGUAUAAAAUGGGUCACUUAGCAUUAGUAAAACAACAGAAAGAGGAAGAGGAUCUUGAGUUUGAAGUGGAAGCAGAUUAUGAGGGUGAGGUACAAACAGCUUAGUUUGGUUACACCCAACUAAUGUAAUAAAUAUGUUAGUUUCUUUAAAGUUAUCACACAGUUCAUUCAAAUAACGUGAAGUUGUCUUAUAUGAUGUGGGAAAGUCUUAUGUGAUGUCGAAAAGUCUUGUGUGAUUUUGAAAAGUCUCAACUGUAUGUAACAUACGUUGAUAUAUUCUCUGCAAACAUUUUUAUUGUUAUUCAAUUAUCAAGGUGAUGAUGAAAACCGGACGGUAGUUUCCUAUUAAAUGAUAAAUCAUAAGUAAGAUACUUUUAUAUACCUAGCUAACUUUCAAUAGAAUCAAAUCUGUAUGUCCAACCAAAUGAGUAAUGCUAGUGGCUCAAAUAAUUUAGUUCCAUCUGUAUUAUUAGUGUUAACAUGACAAAAAUGUCUUAUUUUUUAACUUAUAGGGGAAACAAACAUUUUUUGAAUCUUAUUAACAUCAAAGAUUUUAUAUUUUAUAGAAAAUUUUAUAAAACAAAAAUUUACUGUUUAAAAAUGGUUUUCUAGGAC